CCCGUCCAAAGGUCAAGUCUUCCUAAACAACGAUCCUUCCCUCCUUCCUUACGACUCACCCCCACUCGUGCAAGAACCAAAGCUCAUCCCCAUCCACCGCAAACACCCCAACAUGUCUGACACACAGUCCAACCAGAAAGCCUCUGGCUCAGCACCCAACGACACUCGGGCAGGUGCCGGCCCAUCCGCUGGAAAGAGUGCACCGGCCGAUACCGCAGCUUCGCAGCCUACCUAUAAGGCCCCGACCAAGUAUAGGUUCGCCAAGGACCAUUGGGGUUCUUAUUCCAACUUCCACUAUUCCCAUGGACUGAAGCACGAUCCUGAUGAUUUUGAGGAGGGUGACCGCAUCCUUGAGGCUUACAUCGAGGCUGAGCGCAUCGAACAUGGGGAUCUCGCUUAUGCGGAUAGGAAAGUGUUGAACAGGCCCUGAGGGUGGGGAACCACUCAACUUCGAUGGCUGGGACAAUAAGGUAAAGUUUGAAAUGAGUAUGGAGUGCAUGGGGGGAGUAGCAUUCACGAGGACAUUUUUUCCAGAAGGUACUACGCGCGGAAGUCCGAUGGAGAUGCCAAGUGAGGCAAACAUGUAUCGCAUGGCUCGGGAGAUGUAUGGUGUCAUAAAUUGCCCCAUAAACAACAUGAAUAGGCGGC